CCUCGUGUGUUGAGAGACCAUCCCAAAUGAUCCAGCCACAAUUUGUACCAUCUGACUGGUCGCUUACAUUUUAACUGCGUGCUAUUCUCCAGAGAUGAGCCAUCCUGGAUUAUGUUGCCAUUUCCAUCGGAAAUGAAGGCCAUCUUUUCUUUUGUCAUAACAUGAUCAAAAGUGAUCCAUGAAUGCUAUUCGAGGACCAUCGCCCAGAAAUGUUUGUCUUUCUUGGAACAAUUUCACUUUUACUGACAGCAUUACUAUCCAAUGAAUACUUGGCAGCAGAAGCUCUGGAUCAGUGCUUGACAUUGUACCUCUAGCGGACACUGUGACCAAGUUGAAGGCUCGCUGUGAGCUCUGUGGAAAGCAUGAUUCUUUCACCCUCAGGAAAAGCGCAGAGAUGCAGACUGAACUGAUUGGUGGGGCUGAUGUCUGCAGGCAGCAUUACAUUGGUAGGAGCAACUAGCAAGGGACGAACUGGUACGAUCCUGUUUUAGUGACGCCGAUGGGCAAGACCGCUGGUGGAGGCGGGAAGCCGUUGAAUAACGAGGCAGAGGAGGAUCCUGAACGAGGGUGUGAGAUCUUGGAUGGUCGUCCGUUUUGAGUUCCUCUGGUUUCUUUCAUCUUCCUCGGCGUUCGCCUUCCAUGGCCACCGUCACCAUCUUCUCCACUUCGCCCGUCGCUUCGCUGCCCAUUUCAAUUCAACCUCCGGUGCGACCAUCCACGGCCAUGGACCUCCCCACUUCAAAUCAUCGACGCUCGGUGGCGUCGGAAAGAAGCUCAAGGGUCUCUGCGUCUCCGGGAGAUUGGGAGAAGCGGUAAACAUCCUGUGCUCGGAAGGCUUGGUCGCCGAUGGGAGCCUCUAUGCUUCGUUGCUUCAGGAGUGCGUGGACUUGAAGGACUUCAGGUCUGGGAGACGCGUACAUGCUCAUAUGAUGGUAGUUGGAUUCACCCCCGAUGAGUAUUUGAGGACGAAGCUUCUGAUUCUGUACAGUAAAAGCGGGGACUUGUUCACCGCGCACCAAAUGUUCGACGGAAUGCCUGACCGGAAUUUGGUGGCGUGGAACUCUUUGAUUUCCGGGUAUGUUGAGAGCGGUCGACACGAAGAGGCUUUAGGACUUUAUGCUGGCAUGCGAUCGCAGGGUGUAGCUCCGGAUCAGUUCACAUUCGCUUCUGUGAUAAAGGCCUGUGCUGCGUUGGCGAAGUUGGAGCAGGGAAGGCGGGUUCAUGGCGGGCUGAUCAAGCGUGGGAUCAAGGGGAAUGUCGUGGUGGGCAGCGCCCUUGUGGACAUGUACUGCAAGUGCAGCAGCACUAGUGAUGCUCGGCGAGCUUUCGACGGCAGCCGUGUGAGGAACGUGGUCACUUGGACUGCUCUUAUUGCAGGUUAUGGGCAGCAUGGUCACGUUGCCGAAGUCUUGCAGCUGUUUCAUCAGAUGAUCAGUGAAGGCCUAAGGCCGAACCACGUUACGUUUUUGGCAGUUCUCUGUGCUUGUAGCCGUGCUGGGCUGAUUUCUGUCGUGACACAUGAUGGUACUAAAAUGUCUUGCUGGGCACUGCCAAACCUUUCAAUGUUUAGAACCAAGAUCGGUGCUGAGGCAUAUCACAAGCUGGAUGUGAUAGGCAUUGAUGAGGCACAAUUCUUUGAAGACUUGUACGAUUUCUGUCAGAUUGCUGCUGACCGUGAUGGGAAGACUGUGAUAGUUGCAGGUCUUGAUGGUGAUUAUCUAAGGAGAAGCUUUGGAUCAGUGCUUGACAUUGUACCUCUAGCAGACACUGUUACCAAGUUGAAGGCUCGCUGUGAGCUCUGUGGAAAACAUGCCUCUUUCACCCUCAGGAAAAGCGGAGAGAUGCAGACUGAACUGAUUGGUGGCGCUGAUGUUUACAUGCCUGUCUGCAGGCAGCAUUACGUGAAUGGCCAAGUUGUUAUUGAAGCAACUAGAACAAUAUUAGACUCUCAGCAGAUUUGCAGCUCUUACAUUGAAACUGCGCCUGUGCCUAGUUAGGAAGUCCGUAUCUCAAUUCCCUACUCUAAUAUAGUCUGUUCGUUUUCUCUGUUUUUUCUUUACCUCUUACCUCUUUUUAUUCCCCCUCAAAUCCUUCGGCAGUUGUUUUACCUCGGCUCUUGUCCGAACUGCUCGGUCAGGCCCUGCAUCUAAUCUAUAUGAUGAUGACUGCUGUAUAUCUAUUAAAGAUGGAACCUAGUAGCGUGCUUGUAACCAUUUUGUAUAUGUAACCAUGCCCACAUGUUAAGGGAUUUUAAGUUUCAAAUCUUGGAACAUUAUCAGACCAACCUCGAUCUUUGAUCU